AUAGAGUAAAAAAUCGUGCCGCAAGGUUGCAAAAUUACGCCCCGCCUCUAUUUCUGUGCGACGUUGUUUUUUGCAAAAUUCAUGGAUUGAAAUAUGUCAAAAUUACUGAAAUAUAAGGAUUAUUCUAGAUAUUUAUGCCUCUUAUCAUUGUUACCGGUCAUCCAUCGUCUGGAAAAUCUACAGUUGUUGAUAGAUUAGCGAAGAAAUUCGAGGAAAAAGGCAAAGACUAUUUGAUAAUACGGGACGAAGAUUACGGAGGAUUUGAUCGAAAAAACUACGAAUUUUCGAAUAAAGAGAAGGAUCUCCGAUCUUGGAUUCGAUCUCAAGUUCAACAGAAUCUAACGAAGAAUAAAGUUAUAAUAUGUGAUGCUUUGAAUUAUAUCAAAGGAUAUCGAUAUGAAUUAUUCUUAGCCGCUAAGAUGAGCAAAACCACGUAUUGUGUCGUCGAGUGCUCGCCUCCCGUCGCCACGUGUCACUGGCUCAAUGAGCAGAAGCCUGAAGUGGAGAGAUAUCCGAAGGAGAUUAUCGAUCAGUUGAUGAUGAGAUAUGAAAGGCCGGAUACGAAGUUGAGAUGGGAAAAACCAUUGUUUGAGGUUAAAAUUGGUACUGCUGAGAAAGCCACGCCUGUAGACUUCGAUGAGGAUAUGGCGAUAGACUUGGAGCAUCCUGCUCCGAGAUUUGCGAGCAUUUUUGAAGAUGAAAUUGUUGAAUGGAUUUGUAAUGGAACAGAGCUCACAGAAAACCAAUCAACACAGACAGUCCCACUGGCGCCGACAAAUUUUCUUCACGAGCUGGAUCGAUCCACACAAGACGUUGUUACAGUGCUUUUAAAUGCUCAAAGAACUGCAGUUCGCGGUCAAAACCUGACGAUUCCUGGAGCAACAGACGGAGCCAAUACGAUAAAGUUUAUGAAAUUGAGAACGCUGCCUGAGCUGAAUCGACUGCGACACCAAUUUGUGAACAUGUCGAAGAAGGAUCCGACAACUGAUAAGGAGAAGAUUAUCACGGGAUUUGUCGAUUUUUUGAAUUGCAAUUUGAGAUGAUUGUUUUGUUGUUUGUUAUGACUUUAUUUGAAAAUGCAGAAAAAUAAAAAUCCAAAGUUUUAUCAUGUAUAGGCUUGUGAGU